AUGAAGCUUAAUUUACAAGAAACUACUCCAAAUAUUUUGAUUGCAGAUGGUUCAGGUGCAAUUCGUAAUGGCUUUGAAGCCAUUUUUGGAGAAAAACCUUUAGUAAUGUGCUGGGCGCACAUGCGACGUGCUGUGGUGAAGAAGAUUGAAUCUAUGGUAAAUAAGAUGGAGAAGCAAGAUUUGGUAGAAGAUAUUGAUGCAUUACAAUUAGCACAAAGUGAACAAAUAUUUACAAAAGCAUCCAAUUUUUUUAUUAGAAAAUGGAACAGGAAAGAACCAACAUUCAUCGAGUAUUUUCAAAAGGAAUGA